AUGCAUCCUGGUCCUCCACCACAGACCAACAAGGCUCCACCUCCGGCACAAGAGAAUGGCGGGGAGAGAGAAAACAGUCGCAACACGGUUGAUGUCACAACAAGCUGCACAGACGUGUGCGGUCCAGGACAGUGGGGACGUUCAUGUUCCAAGAUAUGUCUCGCAUGGGUGUACCCAGAAGCCAAGCCUGAGUUCUUCGACCUUUUUGACAUUAAAAGCGAACCUUUCUCCUACAAUCUUAGAACAUGCUCUGGUGUUGUAGAAACAUGGGGUAAAAUAGCCGAAGGUUUCCAUAUCGAGUCACUGGAUAGGAGCGAAAUCCCAACUCCCAGCGCAGUGCUACACCAGCCGCACCUCCGAACCAUAGCAAAGUACAUCCCAGAGCUAGACCCUAAAGCCGAGAUACUCCUGCUACUAGGGCGAGAUGUUUUACAGGCACACAAGGCCAGGCAGAGAAUUAACGGCCCCCAUAAUGCACCCUUCGCCCAGUGCCUAGAUCUAGGGUGGGUUGUAGUUGGAGAGGUCUGUCUGGGAAAUGUUCAUAGGCCUACAGUCAGCACCCUGAAGACAGUCAUUCUGGAAAAUGGCCGCCCUACAGUUUUCAAACCAUGUAACAGCCUCCUGCAACUCAAAGAAACGCCACAAACAAACAGGCCGGGUAACGCACCCGAACAAACUCUGGGUCAAACGGUUUUUAACCAGACAGAUAACGACAACAAACCAGCUCACUCAAUACAGGACACCCUCUUUCUGAAAAUAAUGGACAAUGCUAUGCACAGAGACGUGGACAACAGUUGGGUCGCCCCACUCCCAUUUAAGGAACCCCGCCAGCAAUUACCAAAUAACAGACAGCAGGCAGCCACAAGGUUCUCCUCCUUAAAACGCACCCUUAACAGGAAACCUGAAAUGCGGGAGCAUUAUGCGGCCUUCAUGGAAAAAAUCCUCUCCAAUGGCCAUGCUGAGAUCAGGGUUGUCUUCGAUUCUAGUGCCCAGUACUUGGGUGCCUCACUUAACAAUGUCCUCCUUACUGGCCCUGAUUUAAACAACACCCUUGUCGGAGUUCUUCUCCGCUUCCGGAGAGAGGGUGUUGCAAUCAUGGCAGAUAUACAGCAAAUGUUUCACUGUUUUAGGGUACGGGAAGACCACCGCAACUUCCUCCAUUUUUUGUGGCACAGGGACAAUGACCUAAACAAAGAAGUUGUCGAGUACCGGAUGAAGGUCCACGUGUUUGGCAACUUAACAUCCCCCGCUGUUUCCAUUUAUGGACUACGCAAGGCCAUCAGAGCAGGUUCAAAAGACUAUGGUGCAGAUACCGUAAAGUUCGUGGAGAGACACUUUUAUGUAGAUGACGGCCUGAUCUCUGUCCCCUCCCCUGCUGAGGCUAUAGACUUGCUUCAAAGAACACAAGCCUCACUCGCUGAAUCCAACCUGCGCCUGCAUAAGUUCGUUUCCAACUCUCAGGCAGUUAUGCAGGCCUUCUGCCCAGAAGAUUGUGCCCCUGUCACCAAAAACUUAGAUUUAAGUGGUGAAGAGACACAAUCCCAGCGAAGCCUUGGACUCAUCUGGGAAAUAACAAAAGACACAUUCACUUACUCAGUGGCCACCGCAAACAAGUCAUUCACUCGCCGUGGCGUAUUGUCCUCUGUCAAUAGCGUCUUCGAUCCCCUGGGCCUAUUGGCACCCGUUACAAUCCAAGGAAGGGCCCUACUGAGAGAGCUUACUUCAGAAUGUUCAGAUUGGGAUGAACCCCUUCCAGAGGACAAACAAAACAGAUGGGAAAUGUGGAGAAAUCCCCUUCAGGUUCUAAGAGGACUUCAUGUUCCCAGAACCUACACCUCCACCUCACUAAGUCAAGCAGAGCACAAGGAACUGUGUUUAUUCUCAGAUGCAUCUACUAAGGCCAUAGGAGCUGUAGCCUACUUAAAGGCAAUUCAAACAGAUGGGAGGGUUGAGGUUGGGUUCAUAAUGGGCAAAGCAAAACUAGCCCCCUUGUCAGAACCUACAAUACCAAGACUUGAACUAUGCGCAGCUGUCUUGGCAGCAGAAAUGGCUGACCUCAUUCAAGAUGAGUUGGACUUGGACUUUGAUGCAGUGCACUUCUACACGGACAGUAAGGUAGUGCUCGGCUACAUCUGUAAUGAGUCAAAAAGGUUUUACACAUACGUCCACAACAGAGUGCAGCACAUUCGCCAGUCAUCAAAGCCAGCACAGUGGCAUUAUGUGCGCACAGAGGAAAAUCCAGCAGACCAUGCAUCUAGGUCAUUGUCAGCAUUCCAACUAAAAAGGUCCACCUGGUUCACCGGACCACCCUUCAUCUACCAUCCUGCCAAAGAGAUAACACAACUGAGUGGAAUGUUUGACCUGAUUGAACCAGAUAAAGACUCAGAAAUUAGACCAGAAGUAAAAACUUAUGCCACUCACCUCCAAGCAUUCAUCUGUAAGCGUUUUGAGCACUUUUCUACCUUUAGAUCUUUAGUCAGAGUCAUAGCAAAUCCCAUCCACAUUGCAAAGUCCUUCAAUGGGACUAAUCCAAACAAAAAAUGCAAAGGCUGGCACAAAUUUCAUCUGCCUCAAACCCCAGAGGAGGUCGCUCAAGCAAAGAUUGUUGUCCUCAAAGAGACACAGAAGGCAUACUUUGAGAAGGAACUUUCUGCCCUUGAUGCUGGCAAGCCAAUCUCGAAACAGAGUCCCCUCAAGAAGCUCAGCCCAAUGUUACAGGACAGUCUCAUUUCUGUUGGAGGCCGUCUCAAACAUGCAGAAAUUGAGAGUGCUGAGAAGAGCCCAGUGAUUCUUCCCAAAGGCAGUCACAUCUCCCUUCUGAUCACUCGCCAUUACCACGAGCUCACAAAGCACCAAGGUCGUCAUCUGACGGAAGGAGCUAUCAGAGCCGCGGGGCUGUGGCUUUUAGGCAGCAAAAAACUAGUCAAUUCAGUGAUCCACAAAUGUGUAAUCUGCCGCAAACUACGUGGAAAACAAGAACAACAACUCAUGGCGGAUCUACCACCUGAACGCCUAAAAACCUGUCCUCCUUUCACCUACGUCGGCCUUGACGUGUUCGGACCGUGGUCCAUAACAACCAGGCGUACUAGGGGUGGAGUAGCUGAAAGUAAGCGGUGGGCCAUCAUGUUUAGCUGCAUGAGUUCGAGAGCCGUGCAUAUUGAGGUGAUCGAAUCUCUGGACACAUCCAGCUGUGUAAAUGCCCUCCGCCGCUUCUUCGCUCCAAGAGGCCCCGCCAAACAGCUGCUAUCUGACCGUGGCACCAAUUUUAUUAGCACUUCAAAGGAACUUGGAAUGGACAAAUCACUCCAACAGUACCUAACUGUCCAAGGCUGCAGUUGGGGGUUUAAUCCACCGCAUGCGUCCCACAUGGGAGGUUCUUGGGAGCGCAUGAUUGGAGUCGCCCGCAGAAUCCUGGACUCCAUGCUACUACAAAACAAGGUUCAACUGACUCAUGACGUGUUGUGCACACUUAUGGCUGAGGUUGCAGCCAUAAUAAAUGCAAGGCCGCUCGUCCCAGUGUCCUCUGAUCCAGAGAACCCUUUCAUCCUAUCCCCUUCAAUGCUCCUUACGCAAAAAUCUUGCCUCCCACCCCCACCUGGAGACUUUUCGGAUAAAGACCUUUACAACAAACAAUGGAGAAGGGUCCAAGCCCUUUCCAAUCAGUUCUGGACACGCUGGAGACGAGAGUAUCUACCCACAUUGCAGCAAAGGCAGAAAUGGACCGGGUCGCGCAGAAACCUCCAAGUUGACGACCUGGUUCUGUUAAAGGACAAGCAGGCUGCACGAAACAACUGGCCCAUGGCCAGGGUCUCUGCCACAUUCCCGAGCAAGGACGAUCGAGUAAGGAAAAUUGAAGUGAAGACAUGCGAUCAAGGGUGCAUAAAGACAUUUAUGCGACCGGUUACAGAAGUUAUCCUCCUCAUGCCAAAAGACUGAAUGCAUAAUGUUUGUUUAGCAUAGUGGCCUCCCGAGGCCAGGCGGGGAGUGUGUUGCCCUUAAGGCUUUCUCUGAAUAAAUAGGUUCAUAAGUUUGAAAUAAAUAAUUCUAAAAUGAUUUGUCAUUAAAAACAUUGAUAUGUGUUGUUAAAAUGAAUAAUUCAUGCUUUAUAUGUGUUUUAGUUAAAAAGAAAAUAUCGCUAAAAUGUACUUCCUGUUCUGGCGGUGCACUUCCGGUUUUGGUCAAACACUGUUUUCGCGGAGAAACAGGCGCCUCAUGCAGAAGGCAGCGUGGAGAUGUAAUCAGAUGCCAUCUUCUCUGAAUUAUCAGGCUGGAACGCCGUAAGUUGCUUUAUAUGACAGUUUAUACGAAUAGCUUUGGAUAUUAGUGUAUAUUUUGCUAACAUGAAUGUUUAAGUGAGAGUAAUGCACUUUUUGGAUGUAAACAUGCUUCUAUCUGUUAAGAUGGAGUCUAUUUUCUGUCAUUUCAGUUUUCACCACAUGUUCAUGAGACAAUUAAACAAGCUGCAGCUAAACUCCAGG